UCUGCACAGGCGGCUGUGCCGUGACCAGCGCCCCAGCCCAGUGUCCUGCCGUGGGGGCAAGAGUGCCCCUGAGCCCCCACCCACCAUGUUCAACCUGAUGAAGAAGGACAAAGAGAAGGAUGGGGCCCGGAAGGAGAAGAAGAAGGAGAAAAAGGAGCGAAUGUCAGCAGCUGAGCUCAAGAGCCUGGAGGAGAUGAGCAUGCGCCGGGGCUUCUUCAACCUCAACCGGGCCUCCAAACGGGACUCCAAGACCCGCCUGGAGAUCUCCAACCCCAUCCCCAUUAAAGUGGCCAGUGGUUCCGAGCUGCACCUCACAGAUAUUGACUCAGACAGCAACCGGGGCAGCGUCAUCUUGGACUCAGGCCACCUGAGCACGGCUAGCUCCAGCGACGAUCUCAAAGCCGAUGAUACCAGCUUCAAGGGCUCGGUGCUGCAGCGGGCAGCCAAGUUUGGCUCCUUGGCCAAGCAGAACUCUCAAGUGAUUGUCAAACGCUUCUCCUUCUCCCAGAAAAGCCGGGAUGAGAGCACCUCAGAGACCUCCACACCCUCUGAGCACUCGGCAGCCCCCUCUCCCCAGGUGGAGGUGCGCAUGCUGGAGACCCCGCUCGACAAGCAGGGGGUUCCCCCCGGACAGCCCUGCACCCCUCCCAGCACUUCCCUGCAUGCCAGGGUGCCGGAGCUCGUCGGCAAGAGAUUCCCCGCCGAGCUGCGGCUGCCCGCCCUGGUGCCCCCCCAGCCCCCCAGCCCACGGCAGCUGGAGCUGCAGAGGCGCAACACUGGCGAUUUCGGCUUCUCCCUGCGCCGCACCACCAUGCUGGACCGGGGCCCCGACGGGCAGGUGUACCGGCGCGUCGUGCACUUCGCCGAGCCCGGAGCCGGCACCAAAGACUUGGCCUUGGGCUUGGUGCCGGGAGACCGGCUGGUGGAGAUCAACGGGCGGAACGUGGAGAACAAAAACCGGGAUGAGAUUGUGGAGAUGAUCCGACAGUCGGGGGAGACGGUGCAGCUGAAGGUGCAGCCCAUCCUGGAGCUGAGUGAGCUGAGCCGCUGCUGGCUGCGGGGCGGCCAGGGGACAUGCCGUGCUGCCUGGGAUCUGGACCCCACCACCUCCGCCUCGGCACCCAGCCAGGGUCCAGCGGACGAUGCGCCGACAGCUCCCCUUGACCCCGUCCCUGCUGCAGCUCAGGCCAAGUCAGAGGAGCAGAUAGCAGCUGAAGAGGCCUGGUACGAGACCGAGAAGGUGUGGCUGGUGCACAGGGAUGGCUUCUCGUUGGGCAGCCAGCUGCGGCCAGAGGCGGGCAGUCCCCUCCCCGAGGGCAAAGUGAAGGUGAAACUGGACCACGAUGGAGCCAUCCUGGAGGUGGAGGAGGAUGAUGUGGAGAAGGCAAACCCCCCGUCCUGUGACCGUGUGGAGGACCUCGCCAGCCUCCUCUACCUCAACGAGUCCAGCACACUGCACACGCUGCGCCAGCGCUACGGCGGCAACCUCCUGCACACCUACGCCGGGCCCACCAUGGUCAUCAUCAACCCACUGAGCUCCCCCUCCAUGUACUCUGAGAAGGUGAUGCACAUGUUCAAGGGGUGCCGCAGGGAGGACACCUCCCCGCACAUCUACGCGGUGGCGCAGGCCGCGUACCGCAGCAUGCUGAUGAGCCGCCAGGACCAGGCCAUCGUCCUGCUGGGUGCCAGCGGCAGCGGCAAAACCACCAACUGCCAGCACCUGGUCCAGUACCUUGCCACCAUCGCCGGCAGCACCGGCAAGGUCUUCUCCGCGGAGAAGUGGCAGGCUCUCUACACCAUCCUGGAGGCUUUUGGCAAUAGCAGCACCGGCAUGAAUGGCAACGCCACCCGCUUCUCCCAGAUCAUCUCUCUGGACUUCGACCAGGCUGGGCAGGUGGCGUCUGCCUCUGUACAGACACUGCUGCUGGAGAAGCUGCGUGUGGCCCGGCGCCCGGCCAAUGAGACCACCUUCAAUGUCUUCUACUACCUGCUGGCCUGCUCUGACAGCACCCUGCGGACUGAGCUUCACUUCAACCACCUGGCAGAGAACAAUGUCUUUGGCAUCAUGUCCCCCUCCAAGCCAGAGGAAAAGCAGAAGGCAACCCAGCAGUUCAGCAAGCUCCUGGCAGCCAUGAAGGUGAUGGGCAUCUCAGGAGAUGAGCAGAAAGCCUUCUGGCUCAUCCUGGGGGCCAUUUACCAUCUGGGAGCCGCUGGGGCAACCAAAGACGCCGACGAAGCUGGGAGGAAGCAGUUUGCACGGCACGAGUGGGCUCAGAAAGCUGCGUACCUGCUGGGCUGCAGCCUGGAGGAGCUCUCCUCUGCCAUCUUCAAGCACCAGUCCAAGGGCACCCUGCAGCGCUCCACCUCCUUCCGCCAGGGCCCUGAUGAGUCUCCCCUGGGGGACAGUGGCACAGGUCCCAAGCUGACAGCGCUGGAGUGCCUGGAGGCCAUGGCAGCUGGCUUGUACUCCGAGCUCUUCACACUCCUCAUCUCCCUCCUCAACAGGGCGCUAAAGUCGAGCCAGCACUCGGUGUGCUCCGUGACGGUGGUGGACACCCCUGGGGCACAGAACCCCGAGCUGGCGGGGCAAAGUCGGGGAGCCACCUUCGAGGAGCUCUGCCACAACUAUGCCCAGGAGCGCCUGCAGCAGCUCUUCCACCAGCGCACCUUUGCCCGCGAGCUGGAGAGAUACAAGGAGGAGAACAUAGAGCUCGCCCUGGCUGAUGCUGAGCCCAGCUCCUCUGGCUCCAUAGCUGCUGUGGACCAGUCCUCACACCAGGCACUGGUGCGGUCUCUGGCCCGCACGGACGAGGCGCGGGGGCUGCUGUGGCUUCUGGAGGAGGAAGCGCUGCAGCCAGGGGGCAAUGAGGACACCUUGCUGGAGCGGCUCUUCUCCUACUACGGACCCCAGGAAGGGGCCAAAAAAGGGCACAACCCACUACUCCCCAGCGACAAGCCCCGGCACUUCCUCUUGGGACACAACUCAGGGACCAACUGGGUGGAGUACGACUCUACGGGAUGGCUCAACUACGUCAAGCACAACCCAGCCUCCCAAAACGCCUCUGUCCUGCUGCAGGAGUCCCAGAAGAAGGUGAUCAGCAGCCUGUUUUCUGGGCGCGGUGGGUCGGCGCUGGUGCUGUCGGGCUCGGUGGCGGGGCUGGAGGGGGGCUCCCAGCUGGCCCUGCGCCGGGCCACCAGCAUGCGCAAGACUUUCACCACCGGCGUGGCUGCCGUCAAGAAGAAAUCCCUCUGCAUCCAGAUCAAGCUGCAAGUGGAUGCCCUCAUCGACAGCAUCAAGAAGUCCAAGCUGCACUUUGUGCAUUGCUUCCUGCCCAAGGCGGGGGGCAGCGGGGACCCCCAGGCCGUGCUGUGCCGGCGGGUGAGUGGCAGCGAGCUGGAGCUGCCGGCAGAGCACUGCGAGGCCGGGCUGAUGCAGCUGGACGUGCCCCUCCUGCGUGCCCAGCUCCGCGGCUCCCGCCUGCUCGACGCCCUCCGCAUGUACCGCCAAGGUUACCCCGACCACAUGGUGUUUGCGGAGUUCAGGCGGCGCUUUGAUGUCCUGGCCCCACACCUGACCAAAAAGCAUGGGCGCAACUACAUCGUGGUAGAUGAGAAACGGGCAGUGGAGGAGCUCCUGGAAUCGCUGGACCUGGAGAAGAGCAGCUACCACAUGGGCUUGAGCCGGGUGUUUUUCCGGGCUGGAUCACUGGCCAGGCUGGAGGAGCAGCGGGACACGCAGACCAGCAGGAACAUCACCCUUUUCCAAGCGGCGUGCAGGGGCUUCCUGGCACGGCAGCACUUCAAGAAGAGAAAGAUCCAGGAUUUGGCCAUCCGGUGCGUGCAGAAGAACAUCAAGAAGAACAAAGGGGUGAAGGAUUGGCCCUGGUGGAAGCUUUUCACCACAGUGCGACCCCUCAUCGAGGUGCAGCUCACCGAGGACCAGAUUCGUGGCAAAGACGAAGAGAUCCAGCAGCUGAAGAGCAAACUCGAGAAGGUGGAGAAGGAGCGUAACGAGCUGCGGCUCAACAGCGACCGCCUGGAGAGCAGGAUCACAGAACUGACAUCGGAGCUGACGGACGAGCGGAACACUGGCGAGUCUGCCUCCCAGCUGCUGGACGCUGAGACGGCUGAGAGGCUGCGGGCUGAGAAGGAGAUGAAGGACCUGCAGGCCAAGUACGAUGCCCUGAAGAAGCAGAUGGAGUCGAUGGAGAUGGAAGUGAUGGAGGCUCGGCUCAUCCGGGCGGCCGAGCUCAACGGGGAGCUUGACGAUGAUGAUUCAGGUGGCGAAUGGCGGCUGAAAUACGAGCGGGCAGUGCGGGAGAUUGACUUCACCAAGAAACGGCUGCAGCAGGAGCUGGAGGAUAAGCUGGAGGUGGAGCAGCAGGGCAAGAGGCAGCUGGAGCGCAAGCUGGCAGACCUGCAGGCGGACAGCGAGGAGAGCCAGCGGGCACUGCAGCAGCUGAAGAAGAAGUGUCAGCGCCUGGCUGCUGAGCUGCAGGACACCAAGCUGCACCUUGAGGGACAGCAGGGACGCAACCAUGACCUGGAGAAGAAGCAGCGGAGGUUUGACAGUGAGCUCUCACAGGCACAUGAGGAGGCACAGCGGGAACGCUUGCAGCGGGAGAAGCUGAGCCGAGAGAAGGAUGUGCUGGUGGCUGAGGUCUUUGGCCUCAAGCAGCUGCUGGAGGACAAGGACUCAGACAUCACAGGGCUGACACAGAAGGCAGAGGCGCUGGAGGCAGAGCUGCAGGACAUCUCCUCCCAGGAGUCAAAGGAUGAAGCCUCCCUGGCCAAGGUGAAGAAACAGCUGAGGGACCUGGAGGCGAAGGUCAAAGACCAGGAGGAGGAACUGGAUGAGCAGGCUGGAACCAUCCAGAUGCUGGAGCAGGCGAAGCUGCGGCUGGAGAUGGAGAUGGAGAGGCUGCGGCAGACCCACGCCAAGGAGGUGGAGAGCCGUGAUGAGGAGGUGGAGGAGAUCCGGCAGUCAUGCCAGAAGAAGCUGAAGCAGAUGGAGGUGCAGCUGGAGGAGGAGUAUGAGGACAAGCAGAAGGUGCUGAGAGAGAAGCGGGAGCUGGAAAGCAAGUUAUCUGCUGUCAGCGAGCAGGCCAACCAGCGGGACUUUGAGACGGAAAAGCGCCUGCGCCGGGACCUGAAGAGAACGAAGGCGCUGCUGGCUGAUGCUCAGAUCAUGCUGGACCACCUGAAAAACAACGCACCCAGCAAGAGGGAGAUCACCCAGCUCAAGAAUCAGCUGGAAGAGUCAGAGUUCACCUGUGCAGCCGCUGUCAAGGCCCGCAAAUCCAUGGAAGUGGAGAUCGAGGACCUCCACCUGCAGAUCGAUGACCUUGCCAAGGCCAAGGCAGCGCUGGAGGAGCAGCUGAGCCGUCUGCAGCGGGAAAAGAAUGAGGUGCAGAGCCGGCUGGAGGAGGAUCAGGAGGACAUGAAUGAGCUGAUGAAGAAGCACAAGGCAGCUGUGGCCCAGGCAUCCCGGGACCUGGCACAGAUGAAUGACCUCCAGGCACAGCUGGAGGAGGUCAGCAAGGAGAAGCAGGAGCUGCAGGAGAAGCUGCAAGGUCUGCAGAGCCAGCUGGAAUUCCUGGAGCAAUCCAUGGUGGACAAGUCACUGGUGAGCCGGCAGGAGGCCAAAAUCCGCGAGCUGGAGACCAGGCUGGAGUUUGAAAGGACGCAAGUCAAGCGCCUGGAGAGCCUGGCCACGCGGCUGAAGGAGAACAUGGAGAAGCUGACGGAGGAGCGGGAUCAGCGCGCGGCCGCCGAGAACCGGGAGAAGGAGCAGAACAAGCGGCUGCAACGGCAGCUCCGCGAUGUCAAGGAGGAGAUGGGCGAGCUGGCCAAGAAGGAGGCAGAAGCCAGCCGCAAGAAGCACGAGCUGGAGAUGGACCUGGAGAGCCUGGAAGCUGCCAACCAGAGCCUGCAGUCAGACCUGAAGCUGGCCUUCAAGCGCAUCGGGGACCUGCAGGCAGCCAUCGAGGAUGAGAUGGAGAGUGACAGCAAUGAGGACCUCAUCAACAGUUUGCAGGACAUGGUGGCAAAGUAUCAGAAAAGAAAGAGUAAACUUGAUGGUGACUCAGAUGUGGACUCAGAGCUGGAGGAGCGUGUGGAUGGGGUGAAGUCUUGGCUCUCCAAGAACAAAGGCUCCUCCAAAGCGCUCUCGGAUGAUGGCAGCCUGAAGGGCAGCAGGUCAGCCCCUCCGGACGGCCCCGAGCCCGAGGAGCGGCCGGUGUCCGUGUUGAGCUCCCUCAGCUACAGGAAGCGGCCUGGCCUCAAGGACUCCAUAGGCGGCCGCGGGGAUGAGCAGACGCUGUUCAGCGCCCUGGGCGAGCGGCCGCCUUCCCCCGAGCGCCCUCCGCGCAGGGCGGCCCGCGCCACCGUCAGGCUGGCUGUGCCGUGA